UUCCCUCUUUGUCAUACGCGCCGGUUGUGUCUGACUUACCAACUCAUCUGCAUAUCAUCUUCUCUUGACUCCUUGCAUAUACAAUAUCACAUUCACCCGAAGACAUUCCUUCAACAACGAACCAACAAAACCAACGCUUAGUAACUAACACUUAAGACAACAACCAACAACUACACGCAUAAUACACACCAAAUAUGCUUUUGGGAAGACUCCCAACACCCCUGAGGGUUCUGUUUAUCACAGCCCUCUACGCUUCAACAUCCUCCGCCCUCCCCGCGAACAGUGUCUUCGCCCGCGAAGACACAUGCGAUGCGGACCAGACAUCAUGCAACAGCGACAUCGCCAACUUUUGCUGCCCCAAGGGUAACUCCUGCAGACUUCUCGCUGGCAAGACCACAGCAGUAUGCUGUCCCAGGGGCCAGACCUGCAAUGUCAUUCAACCCAUCACCUGUGAUAUCCGCGGCCAGGACCAGAGAGAGUUCCCCAACGCCCCUGUCAAGACGAUAGUAUUCAACCUCGAUCUUCAAAAAUGUGGACAGAAGUGCUGUCCUUUUGGAUACUCGUGUGAAGACGAGCAGUGUGUUAUCGACAAGGAUCAGACCAAUGUCCCAGAAGGUGCUGAGCUUCCUAAUGAGACGUCUACGCCUGUUCCCAGUGCGAUAACUACUGCUACGGGGGCUAUCGAGACCAUCUCCAUCAGCGCUGCACCCUCCACGAGCGCUGAGCCCACAGCAGCUGUUGGCUCAGACAAUAGCUCAGACAAGGACGGAGACUCCAAGUCCGACAACUCGGGGCCUGCUACUACCUCCAUCGUUGGCGGUGUCGUCGGCGGCAGUAUUAUUCUUCUGAUAAUCGCCGUUGUAAUCUUCCUCUACGUCCGUCGUCAGAACAAACGUGAUGCGAAAGGCUCAGAGAAGGGUAGUCAUAUCUACGGUUACGGCCGUCGAUCCACGAGUGAUGCCUCGUUCGGAAACAUCAUCUCGGAGCCCAUCAGCCAACCCAACUCUUACCGCGCCGACUUCAUCCUCAAGACCCCUUCAACCCAACGCUCAAGCAUUGUGCCUGCACGCCAGCUUUCCAAUGCUAGCACACGUCUCAACGCCCCACCUCCGCGGAUUCGUAUCUCUAUUCCAAAUCCCUUCGACUCACCCAACCCCUCACCCAAUGCUCAGCCCAGUCCCCUCGACAAUGAAGAGUCUCUUCGACAUGGAAACGUUCGGCUACCACCGAUCCGCGCUAUGAAGGGCUCGUCGUACUGUAGUCGUCGACCAAGUACCCCUGAGCUACAGCGUGAGCCGAGUAGCGAGAAUAUCAAUGUUUUCGCGGACCCUAGCACCAUUGUGAAACCCCGCCCCCUGACGAGAGCGACAACAUUCACCGACCUGAUGGAUGAGGCUGAUCUCGGCGCUGUGCGGCGAGGGAAGCCCUACGUCCCCGGAACCACCCCCAGAAUCUAGACCUCACUGACUUACACCAUUUCCUUUUGAGCUACACCAUUCACGUCUCUCUCUAAUGCAAAAUCCCUUCACCACCAUCUGCAGUGCAGGGUGGGAUCCUCUCACUAGAACUGAUUUUGGGCGUUGUGUAUACUGGAGUAGCUGUCGUUUAUACCCUGGGCUAAUUCAAUAAGACCCAAAUCUUGUUAUGUUUAAUUAUUGCAAUGUUUUAUGUUUGAUAAGAGUUAUAGAUUAUUUAAG